GUAUACAGUUGGCGCGUAAGAUUCCCCAGCAUCUUAGAGGCUAGGAAGUAUGCAGCAUCCGAAUUGCAGCGUCCACAGGGCUAUAACUUUCCAUCGGGCACUCCCGAGUGCCCAACUAACACGGGGAGGGUCAAUUACAUUGAGGGCGGUUUUCUCAGCGCACAGUGGGAACACCACGCGCUGAACCGUGGGAUAAAUUUCGAUCUAAUCUACGAUUAUACGUUCCUCUGCGCCCUGCACCCGAACUUGCGUCCUCAAUGGGCCGAUCGCAUGGCUCUACUCCCGCGACAGGAUGGUUUGCUUAUCUGUCUGGAAUACCCCAUGUACAAAGACCCGUCGUGGCCGGGCCUACCCUGGGGAACUUAAGGGCGUUCACUGGGAUUUGCUGGCGCGUGGCGGAGACGGGAUAACAACUACUAGUAUUACCAAAGAGCCGGAAGACACAACGGCAGGUGAGUUGGCUGGGCAGUUCCAACGGGUGCAGUAAUUUAACCCCCCUCGGUCAUAUGGAAACCGGAAAGGUACGGAUAUGCUGAGCGUCUAUGCCCGGCGGUGAAGUCGCCUGAUAGUUGGAGGCGAACGGGUCUUGUUUCAGGGUUAUAAACUAGAUAGCUGCCUGGCUGAGCCCUGCGAUGCCCCUUAUGUGCGCUGUCUUCCAGUAAAUAGCAACAUCGGCUGUUUGGGCGUUCGCUGAGACUUUCUGGGAAGAUAUUAUGAGGGAUUCAGCUGCUCUUCGUUAAAAGGUUCUGGAGAAAGAUUUCAGGAUUUGG